AUGGAUGUUGAAACAUAUAUUUCUGAGAAUUUGGCUCUACACAGGAAACUAGAAAGCAAAGAAGAAGCUCUUAUUAUAUUGAGCCAUGAACUAGCAAAAUGCAAAGAAGAAAGAGAUGAGUUAAAGAAAUUGUUUUUAAAUGGAAGCAGCACUUCUAAAAGUUUAGUCCAUUUUGAGAGGUAUGGAUAUGUUGACAGUGAUGCUGUGAAAGCACUUAAUGAUAAGAAUAAAGCAUUAUUCAUAGAGAUAAGGGACCUUAGGCAUAAACUACAGAAUGCAUACACUGAUCUCAAGGUUUUGAGGGCUGAAAGAUGGUCUAAAAGUGAUUCCUUACAUCAAAAGGAGGAACUGGUCCAAGAGGUUGAAGAAGCGAAAGCUCAACUUAAAGAACUAAGGUCUGACUUACAAGCCUUAUUAGAUGAGAAAGAAGAGCUGAUAACCGAGCGGGACGCUUAUAGAUGUAAAGUGCAUCGGCUCAAUCACGAAUUAGCAAUGGCCUUAAAAGCAUCACCAUCUCUAGAUGUUGAUGCAGUCCUAAUGGAAAGCAGGUAUAUGAAAGAGAGAUUAGAUCAAGCAUUGACAGAAAUUGAAAUCACAAAACAUAUGCUAUCAAAAUACAAGGGAAUGCUCGAUAAAAAGAAAUUGAAGGGUGCUAUUAAACUUGGUGCUAAUGAUGAACCUAGAGGCCGAAUACUCACUCAUAAACAAGUGGUUGAAUUUUUGGAAAAAGAAGAAUCUGUAUGGCAACGCGGGGUGAUGAAUAAAGAAGCUACUCUGUCAGAUCUUCGUGGAUUGUGUAUGGCAUUGGUCGAUUCAUUACAAGACAAAUCUCUUUGCUUGAUGCAUCAGAAGAAGGCAAAUAAACUGAUUGCGGAACGAGUGAGAAUACUUGAAGAAAGACUUUCAAAGUAUGAGUCUUCCUCUCCCAGCCAAAUACUCCUUGAAGGGUAUUCCAAUGCUUCAGUGGAUAGCCUACCACCACUAACUUCAUUUGAAAAACAAACCAAGGAAACAGUUGAGAAAGAUCUGAGAAAAGCAUUACCUUGUAUAUUAAAAGAGGAAAUAUUAGACGACGAAACUUCCAGUGAAAAGCUACCAAAGGAACUUGAAGAUUUGGUUAACAAAGCUUUACUUGAGGUACAAUUGGAUGAAGAAAAUGUCAAAUGA